AUGGGUGACAUUUCCUUGGAACAGAUUAAAAAUGAGAGUAUUGAUCUUGAGAAAAUUCCCAUUGAAGAAGUGUUUGAAAAGCUAAAAUGUACAAAAGAGGGUUUGAGCACAGCAGAAGGUGAGGAGAGGCUUAAGAUCUUUGGCCCCAACAAGCUUGAGGAGAAAAAGAGAGCAAACUCCUCAAGUUCUUAG